AUGAAUCGCCCGCCUCUGCUUCGUGAAUCGAUGCCACCUGCAAAUCAGGCUCGGUCUUUGACGCUUCGUGCGCUGCCACAUGAACCACUCCAGAGGGAAUGGUCCUUCAAUGACAUUCCUGCUCCAAGUCGACUCGAUACUCAUUCAUCGAUCAUCACAGAGUCGAUGCAAAGCACGGGCGCCUUGUCAGACACACCUCCUGUGCUACCAAUACGACGAAGAGGCGAAGCUACCAGCGAGAGUCUCCCUUCACCCAGCUCCAUCCAUCAAAAUCGCCCUAACAGAUCUGCACAAAGUCGCAACUUAACAGCACCGUUACCUCGAGCUCGUAGAUCUCCAAUACCAAACCCCUUCGGUACACGCGAGGAGAUUGAAGCCGACAAUUACGAAAGUCCUCUGCAGGGAAUGUUCACACGAGCAUGGAGUCGCUAUAGAGCAGCAGAAGAAAUUCGUCGAUCCAAUCCAAUAGCUCCAGAUUCAGAAAUUGGUCGCGACAGUAAUCAUGAUGGACUUGAAACACACGCAAACGAACCUGAAGGUUCCAUACGUCAGCAAAGUUUUGAAGCUAUGAUGAUGCAACAAAUGGCUACCCUCAACUUUGAACUGGAUGCACACACUACUCUGCUCAGAGAUCUACCUCAAUCGGCUCUCCUUCGAGCUGGUAUGACAGCAGCGCAGACCACCGAACUUGGAGCUCACGCACAAUCGCUUGAACACGAAACACAGCGUACAAAUCGAGGUCCCGUCAAUCCGAUCGAUACUCAGACUUCAAGACCAGCGGCUAGGAACCCGGAAGAGUUGACUGUCAGCGUUGCAUGUCAGAUCUGCCGUGAGCAAGUGGUCGAUACACUUCUGGAGCCUUGCAUGCACAUAGCCCUAUGUCGGUGGUGCUCUGAGAUCAUUCAACAACAGUCCCGCCGGGUUCGACAUGCUCACCAACAAAAUGGGUGGAAAUGUCCAAUUUGCCGUCGUAGGGUAGUGAACGCAAGACGUGUCUACUUAUCAUAG